AUGGAUCCGCCACGUGACGGCGAAAAUAUUCGAGACUUAAAGUGUGUUCUAAUCGGCGAUGCAGCCGUUGGCAAGACAUCACUAAUUGUUUCGUAUACAACGAACGGUUACCCCAAGCAGUAUGUACCUACAGCGUUCGAUAAUUAUUCAGUUCUGGUGAAAGUAGACAAUCAACCAAUUCGUUUGCAACUCUGUGAUACAGCUGGAAAGGUUGUAACCUUUUAA